GGCUUGAGAGUAGACUUUCAGAGUUGUGUGAGUAGUGAGUGAGCGAGCUAGCUGAUUAAAGAAAUAAGAAUUAAAGAUAAAAACAAGUAAACAACGAAGGUGGCUCGUUUGUGAGCUCAAUGUCAUACCGCAGCGCAGAUGUACCGGCAGCCACCAGGAAGUGCGGGGUGUGGGAGAGUGAAUGCACAGCGCUGAAAAUGGGCCUGUUCAUCAUGAACGCCGUGGUUGGAGCCGUGAGCUCGGGAACGGUCGAGGGAGGAAUCGCGGAGAGCAAGCUGCUGUGUUUUGGUGUGAACAACCAGACGUAUAUCUGUGAGUCGGGACACUGCUGUGGAGAGUCUCAGUGCUGCAGCUACUACUACGAGCUGUGGUGGUUCUGGUUGGUAUGGACGGUCAUCAUCAUCUUGAGCUGCUGCUGUGUGUGCCACCAUCGUCGCAGCAAACAUCGCCUGCAACAACAGCAGCGGCAGCAUGAAAUCAACCUCAUUGCCUACAGAGAGGUUCACAACUACACCUCACUGCCCUUUUACUUCAGGUUUCUGCCAAGCUACCUCUUACCUGCAUAUGAGGAGGUCGAGAACAGACCCCCGUCUCCUCCUCCUCCAUACACUGCCUCUCAACCAGGUCAAAGCACAGAUUCAGUCAGCCCUGAGCAAGCCGAUGAGCUGUGCCCAUCACUACAGGCAGGCUCCACAGCCACUGCAUCAGAGAGCAACUCCACUGUGCAUUGCAUUGAUGAGACCAAUUGUCCUCCUGCUCAUCGGCCAACGGGUGAUGCGCACAAACCCUACCUGAGCUUUGAGGACGAUAGCCAGCAGCAGCAGGUUGCAUCAGCCACUUCGCCCGAGAUAACCAAGAAUGGCAAAGAGCCGUCAAAGUCUGGGGAUCAAGGGCUUGAUGGUUGUCCCGAGAGCAAGGACAAGACAGUGGGGCGCCAUAGACGCUUUACCGGAGACUCAGGAAUCGAGGUGUGCGUUUGUAGCCGCGGACCAGGGGAAGGAGAGGAUGAGGAAGAGGAUGAGAUGAAGGAACUUGAGGGACUUCUGGACAGAGAGGAGUUACAGAAGCAGGACUUCUGUGAUAGUUGUAAUCCCCAUAAUGAUAGCCUUCAAGAGCCAGAUGAUGAGGAGCAGGGCUUUGCUGGCCCAGAGAGGAGCUCUGAGCACAGGGAACCUCCUCUCCAGCGUCUCCCUAUCAGCCUUCAUUUACACACCAUCACUGAACAGGAGGCUCCUCAGCAUGGCAACAGUGCAGAUCCCCAAAGCUAAGCACCACAAUGCAAUAAAGUGACUCUCUGUGGUGUGAUGUCUCCCUUUAAUUUCUCACUGUACUUUUGCUUUGGCUAUGUUGGAAGUGUGAAUGUUGCGCAGUGUUGUUAUUCAUCUAAGAAUCCAGUAAAGAUGUUUUCAAAGACGGGCUAUGCUCAAGGACACUGCACAAAAGAAACUCCAUUUGCUAGGCUUACAAACUUUGCUUACCAUUCUGAACAAGGUGUAAGUAGUUUUAUUUUCCAUGUAAUAGACCCAAUAAGCAUCACUGCUCAUGGUCAACAAACAAGGGGUUUCAAAGGCUGAUACAGAUACGUAUUUAACUAAUGUGUAAUUUAGAAGCUGCUGUUGAAAGCUGACAUUGUUUGUACAGGGAAAUUCAGUCUAAAUGUUAAACUGGAAUUAAUUUAUUUAAACCCCUAAUACAUGCA